AUGGCAUCCCACAAGACCAAUAGCAGUAGUAUUUUCCUUCAUCUCUUCAUUUUAGUUUGCCUUACCAUGACCAUCCCUGCUACUACUUCUAGUGCAGAUUUGCAUAAAAGGAGAUAUCAUUUGAAUGCAUAUAACCGUAGAUAUGAAGAAGGAGAGACGAAGAUUAGCCCUUCGACUCUUUCUAAUCUACGUCUCAAAUGGGAAUCAUAUGCUGGGAAAGAUACAAGGGCAACAACAGUAACACCAGCAAUAUUCAAUGGAACACUUUAUUAUCCAAGCUGGGAUGGAUAUCUCUAUGCAAUUAAAGUUUAUGGCGGUUCUGUUAUUUGGAAAAAGAAUCUGGAUGGACUUGCUUGCAGCCACAAGUCCGAUACAUUGAGGCACGUUCUCAAUACGAACUUGACUGUAUCUUUAGCGACUCCAACAGUUGUGGGUGAUAUACUAAUUGUGGGAACAUAUGGACCAGCUUUCAUUUUUGCUGUCAAACGAGAAACGGGCGAUCUCUUCUGGUCUACACAGCUCGACAGCCAUCCUGCCAGUGUUAUCGCGAUGUCUGGUACAUAUUACAAUGGAGCAUUUUAUGUUGGAACAUCUUCACUUGAAGAAGGCUUAAAUGUCGAGAAUUGCUGCACAUUUCGGGGUAGCUUUGCCAAAUUAGAUGUUUGUACAGGUAAGGUUUUGUGGAAGACCAUGAUGUUGCCCGACAACCAAAACAAGACCGGAGAAUAUGCAGGAGCUGCCUUGUGGGGAAGCAACCCUCCAAUUGAUCCUCGAAGAAAGCUAGUUUACAUUGCCACUGGAAAGCUAUACUCGGCACCUCCACACAUUUUAGAAUGCCAAGAAAGACAGAACAAUUCGACUUCACCUUGGGAAUGUCCAAUGUGA